AUGUCUCUCACGGGUGAAGCUCUAGCCCUUGUGUCGCAUCUCUCGCUAACCGCUACCAACUAUACAAGUGCUUGGAAAAUCUUGCGGUCCCGAUACGGCAAUAAACGUGAUCUCGCUCGUGUUCACUUAGAUUCUCUUCUUGCUCCACAGAUAGUUAAAUCGAAUGACGCUACCUCUAUUCAACAGCAAAUUAACACAAUAUUAGAGAACACAGCUGCUUUGGAUAACCUCGAUUUUGUAACCCGACAGUGGAGUCCUCUUCUGGUGCAUGUUUUUGAGAAGCAUUUAGAUUACGAAUUACGUGCUCGGUGGGAAUUAGUCGUUGGGGAUAAUUACUAUCCCCAAGCCUCUGAAUUUGUGGAUUUCUUGCGUAGCCAUCUGCGUUCUGCGGACAUCUAUUCCAGUUCUGUUCCAGUUAACCAACCAGAUGAUGUUUCAAAACCCCAAAGGUCUUUUAAGCCACAAAGUUUUAAACCUCGCUCGUCAGAUCGAUCCACAGUCUUAGCCGCAACGACCAGUAAUGUGUCUGAAAAACCUUGUCCACUAUGUAGCGCACCCCAUUCGAUUAGAACAUGUAAGCUAUUUACUGAUCAGUCGCCAAGUGAGCGCUUUCUUAUUGCCAAAGACCAUCGGUUGUGUAUAAAUUGUCUGGGGUCCGGGCAUUCGUCAAUGAGAUGCAAUUCGAAGUAUAAAUGUCAGACAUGUAAGAAAGCUCAUCAUUCACUGUUGCAUUUUACUCCUACUGCUAGUCCAUCAACAAAAGGACAGCCGCAGCAAAUCGUUCUAUUGUCCACAGCAAUAGUUGAAGUCUAUGCUGCCGAUGGACGGCGACACGCUCUAAGAGCGUUGUUAGACAGUGGGUCUCAAGCUAGCUUUAUCACUGAGAGAGCGGUGUGUGCUCUUAUGCUUCGUCGUUUCCAUUCGUCGGUCAGCGUUACUACGUUUGCUAGUUCAGCUUCUACCGUUGUUCGGGGCAAAUGCAAUAUUAAGAUUGCUCCCACUGGUCAACAAUCACCUUCGUUUUGUUUAGAUGUAUCAAUAGUUCCUCAAAUAACUGGACCAACCCCUCAAACUCCAAUCACGCCAGGGCAUUGGGCCCAUAUGAGUAGUUUAUCGUUGGCAGAUCCGUCAUAUAAUAUACCCGGUCCAAUUGAUUUACUAUUCGGAGCCGAUCUGUUUCCUUCGGUUCUCCUUGAUGGCACGCAGAAGGGUCAACCAGGUGAACCCCUCGCGCUGAACACUGUAUUCGGAUGGGUUCUCAUGGGACCAACAGAAUUUUACGACGGAUCGUCUGUAACUACAUUGUGUUUGAAUGUAUCUGAUCCCAUUGAUUCGUUAAUCAAAAAAUUUUGGGAGCUUGAAGAGUUACCCACCACUUGCCAUUUGAGUCCUGCUGAUAUUGCUGCUGAAGAAAUAUACAACUCAACUACGACUCGGCUAAGUUCAGGCAGAUUUGUAGUCACGCUUCCGUUUCUGAAGCCACGUCCACUGCUUGGUGACUCAAAAACGUUAGCCCUCCAACGGUUCAAGGCCCUCGAAUGUCGGCUGACCCGCAAUAAAGAUCUGCAAGCCCAAUACGCUGAGUUCAUGCGCGACUACCUGACAGCUGGACAUAUGGAGUUGAUUCCGCCGUCUGACCUUGGAAAUCCAUAUCACUAUUACAUUCCGCACCAUUGCGUUCUAAAACCCGAUAGCCUCACUACCAAAUUGAGAGUGGUAUUCAAUGCUUCUGCAAAAACUUCAGCUGGAAUCUCGCUGAACGAAAGUAUGCACACAGGUCCGAAAUUGCAACCUGAUAUUCAGGUCGUAUUGCUUCGAUCUCGACUCUGGAAAUACCUCUUUACAGCUGAUAUCAAACAAAUGUAUCGCCAAAUUCUCAUCAGGCCCUCUGAUCGCGAUUAUUUGCGGAUCCUGUGGAGAUUUUCGUCUCAGUCUCAAAUUGAUGAGUACCGAUUAUGUACUGUAACGUACGGGACUUCUGCUGCUCCCUAUCAAGCACUGCGCACUGUCCGUGAAUUGGCUACAGUCGAUGGUGCCACCUGGCCGCUAGCGGCGUCUGUAUUAUUAAACGAUACAUUUGUUGAUGAUGUCCUCACUGGAGCCAAUACUAUUGAAGAUGCUCUUGAGUGCCAAUCUCAACUCAUAAAUUUGUGUGCCAUGGCGCAGUUCCAAUUGCGGAAAUGGGCCAGUAAUAAUAGUCAAAUUUUACAAACAGUGGCUGAAGAGGACCGUGCCAUUUCUCCCUCUGUUCUACUUGACACCAGUGAACAGUCAGACUUAAGGGUACUCGGUCUAAAGUGGGACCCACUAGCAGACACUUUCUCAUUUAACGCUAAACCUUCGACUACCAAGCCAACAAAACGUACAGUCCUAUCGGAGAUUGCUAGGAUCUUUGAUCCGUUAGGUUUGCUAUCUCCUACCACCUUCUGGACGAAAUAUCUUAUGCAACAGCUGUGGACGUCAGGUGUCUCGUGGGAUGAUCCGAUCCCAGUUAACAUUAGUGAUGCUUGGUUACGAUAUCAAUCAGAGCUGCUCAUGAUUGAGCACAUCUAUAUUCCCCGACGUCUCACACAUGAUAAUAUGAAAAACGUGCAACUGCAUGCUUUCUCCGAUAGUUCAGAGAAAGGGUACGCCGCAGCAGUCUACCUUCGUGUUGAAACUGCGUCGGUCAUACAUUGCCAACUUAUAACCGGAAAGUCCAAGGUUGCACCCCUCAAGAAGUCUACGAUUCCUCGACUUGAGUUGUGUGGAGCUCUGCUUGCUGCAAGGUUACUUCAUUUGGUAACAACCACAUACACCGAUCGCUUAAAAAUUGAUGAACUGCAUGCGUGGACUGAUUCCACAACCACUUUAGUUUGGAUCCAAUCGUCGCCACACCGUUGGGCCACCUUUGUUGCCAAUCGUACUAGUCAGAUCCAAGACCUAACAGCACCAUCAAUAUGGCAUUACGUCCCCACGCAGGAAAACCCAGUCGACUGUGCGUCUCGCGGGUUGUUCCCUUCAGAACUUGUUGACCAUCCCUUGUGGUGGACAGGCCCCUCAUUUCUUAAGGAAUCACCUGAUAAAUGGCCAACAACACUUCUCCCUCGAAUGAACAGCGACAACUCAACUCAUCUUGAAGAAAAAAAGCCAAUUGUGUUACUCGUCAGUGUUGACUCGUGUUUCAUGAAUUUACUUGAGCGAUUUUCUUCUCUAGACAAAAUUCUUCGGAUCGUUUCCUAUUGUCUCAGGUUCCGUUUUCGUAAUAUGACAAAUGCAAGGACGACUAGUGUCAACGCAGAGGAACUCUCGUGGUCACUCCUAGCACUCAUAAAAUAUGUACAAAGAUGUACUUUUCCUGAUGAUCUAUCUCGACUAACCCAGGGCUCCCCUUGUUCAAAACCCUUGCGUCAUUUAGACCCGUUUGUUGACGCCUUUGGUUUAAUCAGAGUGGGCGGUCGACUGACUAAUGCCGAUAUACCAUAUGCUCAUAAGCACCCGCUUUUGUUGCCCGCUCGAAAUCGACUUACUACACUGCUUAUUGACCAUCAUCAUGUAAGACUGAAACAUCCAGGUGCACAUGCACUGCAAGCAUCAUUGCAACGAGAAUUUUGGAUCUUGUCAGCUCGAAAGUCAAUUCGGUCUCGAUUACGACAGUGUAUCCCAUGCUUCCGCACAAGACCUAGAAAUGUACAACCAAAAAUGGCCAGCCUUCCAUCGUAUCGUGUGCAACAACUCAAACCAUUUACAAGUACUGGAGUUGACUAUGCCGGUCCAAUAACACUAAAAGGCUCUCGAGGCCGACGAAGUGCUCCCACACUAGCCUACAUAUGUCUGUUUGUCUGCACCACUACGAAAGCGUAUCAUUUGGAGUUGAGUUCGACCUUAUCCACUGAGACUUUCCUGUUGGCGUUUGCCCGUUUUUCAGCUCGCCGUGGUCCAAUAAAAGAGAUGCACAGUGAUUGCGGGACAAACUUUGUUGGAGCUUCAAAACUGUUAAACCCGUUGACAGAGCUCACUCACUCAUCUGCGUUCCAAAGUCGCGUGCACAGCUACCUAGCUACCAAACACAUCAGUUGGUAUUUUAACCCACCGUCUUCUCCACACUUUGGUGGUUUGUGGGAGGCUGGCGUGAAAUCAACGAAGUCGUUACUUCUCCGUUCGGUAGGCAAACAGCAAUUGACCGGUGAAGAACUUACAACUUUGUUAACGCAAAUCGAAGCAACGUUAAACUCGCGGCCCCUCUGCCCUUUGAGCAACGACCCGGCUGACCUGGAAGCCUUAACUCCCAGCCACUUCCUGACGCUGGAGCCAUCAACGUCACUUCCAGACCCUGAUUUGGCAAAUGUGCCAUUGUCUAAGUUACAGAGAUGGCGUUUGGUGACUGAUCUCCAUCGACAUUUUUGGUCACGUUGGAAAAACGAGUACUUGUCUAGUCUUCAAGCGCGAUCAAAAUGGUUUGGUAAUGUUGAUCAGUUGCGUGAAGGUGCCCUAGUCCUGAUAAAAGAAGCCUCAACUCCUUUACACUGGCGACUUGGUCGAAUCCGCACCGUUCAUCCUGGAUCUGAUGGAGUCACUAGAGUUGCUACAGUGGAUACCAGUACUGGCAGCCUAACCCGUCCAGCCGUAAAGUUAUGUCCAUUACCUACUUCUUGA